AUGAGGAUGAAGGAAUACAACAUCAGUGAAUCUAUAUCCCUCAGGAUUAAGAAGAUGUUACUCCUCAUCAUCUUAAUGGCCCUGGGGAAAGGAGCUGAUAAAGCAGAUGAUGAGGACGAUGAAGAUCUAACAGUGAAUAAAACAUGGGUCCUUGCACCAAAGAUUCAUGGUGGGGAUGUAACUCACAUACUGGACUCCUUACUUCAAGGAUAUGACAAUAAGCUUCGGCCAGAUAUUGGGGUGAGAACUACGGUAAUUGAAACAGAUGUCUAUGUUAACAGCAUUGGCCCAGUUGACCCAAUCAAUAUGGAAUACACCAUAGAUAUAAUUUUUGCCCAGACGUGGUAUGACAGUCGUCUAAAAUUUAACAGCUCAAUGAAAGUGCUUAUGCUUAAUAGCAACAUGGUUGGAAAAAUUUGGAUUCCAGACACUUUCUUCCGGAACUCAAGGAAAUCUGAUGCUCACUGGAUUACAACUCCAAAUCGUUUGCUUCGAAUCUGGAGUGAUGGAAGAGUAUUAUACACUCUAAGGCUGACAAUUAAUGCUGAAUGUUAUCUUCAGCUUCAUAACUUUCCUAUGGAUGAACACUCCUGCCCACUGGAAUUUUCAAGCUAUGGAUAUCCCAGAAAUGAAAUUGAAUACAAAUGGAAGAAAACCUCUGUUGAAGUGGCAGAUCCAAAAUACUGGAGAUUGUAUCAGUUUGCAUUUGUAGGGUUACGAAAUACAACUGAAAUUUCUCACACAUUGUCUGGUGAUUAUAUUAUUAUGACAAUCUUCUUUGAUCUCAGCAGACGUAUGGGAUAUUUUACUAUUCAAACAUACAUUCCUUGUAUACUCACAGUUGUGCUGUCAUGGGUGUCAUUUUGGAUCAAUAAAGAUGCAGUUCCUGCAAGGACUUCUCUGGGCAUUACAACGGUACUGACAAUGACAACAUUGAGUACAAUUGCUAGGAAGUCACUCCCAAAGGUUUCCUAUGUGACAGCAAUGGACCUUUUUGUUUCGGUUUGCUUCAUUUUUGUGUUUGCUGCCUUGAUGGAAUAUGGCACCUUGCAUUACUUUACCAGCAACAGAAAAGGGGACAAAGGAAAAGAAAAGAAGGCAAAAUCUAAGCCAUCAAAACCACCUGCAAUUGCUGUUCGACCUGGAUCAACACUAAUUCCAAUUAAUAACAUUAAUCAUCUCCCUGAACGUGAUGAUGAUUAUGGAUAUGAGUGCCUAGAAGGGAAAGACUGUGCUAGCUUCUUCUGUUGUUUUGAAGACUGCCGCACAGGAUCUUGGAGAGAAGGAAGGAUACACAUCCGUAUUGCAAAAAUUGACUCCUAUUCUCGAAUCUUCUUUCCAACUGCCUUUGCAUUGUUCAAUCUUGUUUACUGGAUUGGCUAUCUUUAUCUAUAA